UCUUUUUUGAUGCUUCUGCACAUAUAGGAUGGGGCAAAAAAAUAUGAGGAAUUGGGACCUCAAAUGGAAAUUCUGAAGAAUGAUACAGCAGAAUUGUGUGUAGAAGUGGGGAAAAUCAGCUCUGAGCGUCUUCCUGCCAUCACUGAGAAUCUGACGAUCGUGGCAGAACAGAUUAAGAUCGUGGAGAAUGGCUACAAGAAAAUGGAAAGUCAAAUUGCAGGGUUUGUUCAAAGUGAGCUCAAGAAGAAUGACUGGGAUAUUCCUUUGGACUACGAUUAUCUUGAUGGAAAGGAGAAUUUGAUGACAGAUUUGGAGUACCCUCUGGACAUGUUUGAUUUGGAUGGAAUGCCAAGGGAAGAAAUUCUGCCUGAGUUACAGAAGAUAAAGGAUAGCAUUGAAGAAUUCAAAAGGGAGAGUGAUAGGCGCUAUGAAGAAUUGAAAAGUGAGAAUGAAGAGUUGAAAAGGGAGAACAAGAGGCUCAACUCUAGGAUUACUACUAUAGAGACACUUAAAAACAAAUGAUAAGAGCAAGGAUGCCAAAGAAGUGAUAGAGACUGCAGGGGAUGAUGACUAGAGAGUGAGUGUGGCUGGUUUUACUCGAACCAGCAACACAAUCCCAGGAAAUAUGUAGUGAUAUUCCCUCCAGACAAUUUGUGUUCUUCUUUUCCCGACUAAUUUCUGUGGGUUCAUAGUUUAAAUUCCGUGUAAUGUUUAACUUUUUGAGUAUGUCUCUAUUUUGAGCGGAAUAUUUUUAGUAUGCAUAUUCUAGU